AUGUCCGACGAAACUUUGGCAAUAAUUAUAGACACGGGUUCUUCUCUUACGAAGGCCGGGUUCGCCGGUUCUGAAACUCCCAAAGUUCGCUUUCCCACUCUGGUUGGACUUGACGGAUCUGAUGAUCCCUUGGUCGGCAAUGCUGUUUUGGAGAAGUGGGAAGGUCUGGAUGUGUACAGGCCCAUUCAGCAUGGCAUCGUCAGGAACUGGGCCCUCGCCGAGGCCGUGUGGCGCCACGCCUUUUCAAACGAGCUGAAGAUAUCGCAGGAGGAGCACCCCGUCCUCUUGACUGAGCCUCCCCUGAGUCCGAAGUUCCACCGCGAGCUCUGCUGUCAGCUGUUUUUUGAGACUUUCGGCGUCCCCGCCCUCUACUUGGCCACCACCUCGCUCCUGUCCAUGUACGGGUCGAGCAAGACCAGCGGGCUGGUGCUCGACAUCGGCGAGGGCGUUGCCCACUCCGUCCUCAUUCACGAGGGCUGCAUCAUGCCCUACGCCAUCACCAGGCUCGACAUUGGCGGCUUCGACCUGACCACUCAGAUCGUCAAGAGUGUCGAGCGGCUUCGGAGGAACACUCCCUACGAUCGCAAGCUUGCCAAGGACAUAAAGGAGGCCUGCUGCUACGUCCCUCAGGACUUCGAGGGCAAGCUCAAGGAGUUUGAGUCGAACCCUGGCGCCAACUCCAAGACCUACAAGUUGCCUGACGGCACUGCCGUUGAGCUUGGCAAGGAGUGCAUCACUUGUCCUGAGAUUCUCUUCAAGCCUGAGCUUUCUGGCAGGACCUGCCCCAAUCUUCCUGAGAUUUGCUACCACUCAGUCCGCAUGUGCGAGCCUGAGCUUCACCGCACCAUGCUUUCCACCAUUCUCGUCACUGGCGGCACUUCUCUGUUCAGCGGCUUUUUGGAGCGGUGUGAGAAGGAGAUUUCUUCUCUCGUAAACCGCAACGUUCCUGUCAAGGUCAUAAACUCACCUCAGCCUCGUGACAUAUCCGUCUGGGUCGGCGGCUCCAUCGUUGCCAACCUUCAGAGUUUUCAGCAGAUGUGGAUCACCAAGGAGGAGUAUGACGAGGCUGGCCCUACUGUGAUACAUCGCAAGUGUUUUUAA